AUGGAUUCUGACGACUACAUGAAUCCAUAUCAUCCCUCCUCUAGCUAUAUGAAUCUGUUACAAAGUCAGCUUGAAACUCAAAACCUCGACAGUCCUUCUCUAAGUCCAUGUUCUGAAACUCCAUCUGAACCUGCAUCACCUCAAGAAAGCCGCAAGUUAAGGCAUGCUUGGUUACCAGCUGAUGAUAAGAUGCUUGUCUCUGGUUGGCUCAACACCAGCAAGGAUCCGGUAACUUCUAAUCAGCAAAGACGCGGUGCUUUUUGGGGAAGGAUUGCAGACUAUGUUGGAAAGUGUCUGAAUGCUGUAGGUCGGCCAAAGAGGGAGGCGAGUCAUUGUAAGCAGAGGUGGGGGAGGAUCAAUGACUUGGUGUGCAAGUUCGUUGGUUGUUACGAGACUGCUACAAGAGAGAAGUCGAGUGGGCAGAGUGAAGAUGACGUGAUGAAGGUAGCACACAAAAUAUUCUCCAAUGAUCAAGGACAUUGGUUUACCUUGGAGCAUGCUUGGCGAGACUUAAGGUAUGAUCAAAAAUGGUGUGCAUCCAUAUCUACUAAAGGCAAUGGAGUGAAGAGGGGAAGGGAGGAUGCACAUCCGGUGAAUGACAUCGAUGGAUCACAGCCACGUCCUCCUGGUGUUAAGGCUGCAAAGGGGAAGUCGAAAAAGAGCACUAGUACACAACCGGCUGUGGAGGAAGAUGGAGGCGAUUUCUUGGAGCUUCAGUUGGAACGUGUAGAGAGGAUGUAUGAGAUGAAACAGAAAGAUUUCACCUUGAAGGAGAAAGAGUUCGCUAUGAAGAAGGAGCAUAUGAAGCAUGUUAUGCUUGAAAAUCUGAUUGCUAAGAAGGAUUCACUAUCUGAAUCCGAGAAAGCUCUGAAGGACAAGCUAAUUGAUGACAUGAUGUCAUCAAGUUGA